AUGGAGUUAGCAUCGUUAUCAAUAGGUUGGAUAUGUUUUUUUGUGUUAUUUAUAGCAGCAGUAUGUGCUGCAGCAUAUUUGCUGCUGCAGGAGAAGUCCCGUAGCCAAGAGGGUCAGAAUUUAUUACAGGAAGCAGCAGCAGCAGCAGCAGCAGCAGAUGAUGAUGAUGCUACUGCAUGCACAACAGCAGCACCAAUAAAAGAGAUGCAAGACUAUGAGGACGCCCGUCACCAAAUGUUUACUUUGCUGCUUGAGCAGCAGCUGGUGGAUCCAGAGGAGGAGUAUGACUAUGGAGGAAACGAGAGCAGCAGCGGGAGCAGCAGCAGCAACAGCAGCAGCAACAGCAGCAACAGCAGCAAGUUGCUGCCGUGGCAGCAGCGGCUUCUAAGCCCAGAAGAUAAAAAGAAAUUAAAAUUACUACUAAUGAGGAGAGCAUUAGCUAAUGUACCUCGUUGGGUGUAUGUAUCCGGCGUAAGCAGCAGCAGGUAUAGGCUGUAUAGACAUGGUUUGUUGCAGCAGCAAGCAUGGGAUUCUUUUGCUGCAGCACAAGCUGCAAUUAAUAAAGAACUUUCUUUUAUUAAACAAGAAGCAGAGGCUAUUGAGCAACAAUGGGGAGAACAUAUACUAAGAGAUACUGUGUUAUUGCAUAGACUAGGAGAGACACAAAAACAAAGAAAUAAAAUGCAACAACAGCAGCAACAGCAACAGCCACAGCAGCAACAGGGGCAAGACCAGCAACAGCCAGGAGUAUGCCAGAAAAAACCUCAACCGAUUGAAUCACAGGUGCAGGAGAAACAGCAGCAAGAGCAACAGCAACAGAUAAAACAGCAGCAGCCGCAACAGCAGCAGCAGAAGCAGCAGCAGGGAGGAACAGAACUAACAAGAUCUAAAUCUAAUCAGCAGUGCAAGAAGAAGCAAUAA